AUGUAUUCGAUUGUGUUGGAUAAAGGGACGUCUGAGCGAAAGCAGUUAGUAGAUAUAAGUGAAAGAAGUUUUGACUUUAAUUCAGUAACAGAAGAACAUCAUUUUUCCAUUUAGAAUUCAAAUUAGGAUAAAUCUGCUUUGAUAAAGUUUUUAUGUCCUACUCAUUUUUAAUAUCUUUUGAGAAUUAAUUGUCUUGAGUAAGAAAAUUAGGACUCAAGUCGUAGGAAUUCUUGCGAAUAAAUAGAGGAAGCUGAAUAAAAUAAUUAGAAUGAAGGAAGCUACGAAUACUUUCCUACUUCUAAUUCAAUUGAAAUAUUUGCCGGAAGAAGUGUCGAUUUUAUGCUCUGUUGGAAUAAUGAGGGGAUAAAAGAUUUAGAAAUCAAUUCAAAUUUACAAUAAUUUUAGUCAAAUAUAAAUAGAAUAUCUUAAUAGGACUAAAGUUAACAAUUUUUAGACUAAGCUGAAGGAAGCUUCAAUUAGCUAGAAAAUUUUGAUGGAAAUGGAAUUAUUAAGUUGUAACACAAUAAUAAAGAUAAAAUAGUUAUUAUUGUUGCACCACUUGAUUAAAAUAUUGUUGAUGAUUGUGGAAAUCAAAUUCAAACACAGGAAAGUUUUGGAAUAUCUUAAAAGAUAAACUAGAACGAUAAAAAAGAUUUUUAAGAGACCAAUUAGAAAAUGACUUCAGGCUCUACAACAUCCUUGGAAAGCAUGUAUGAUAAAUACAAGUAGCGGUGUUUUAAGGUCAUAUCUGGAAGUAAACAAAUGAGAAUAUGGGCUAAAAUAGAUAAAAAACAAAUCCACAAGUAAGAGCUGGUCAUCAACAAUUUCUUUUUGUCACACAAUAAUCCUACUUAUUCUUGCUUGUAUGUGUAAAAGAUUAUGGAAUGCUCAAUUAAUACAAAAGGACAUUAAGCAUAGCAUGGAAUACAAGAAAACAAAGGAAGUAGUGAGUUAAAUCAAAAAGGAAGUGACGAAAUGAUAGGUAAGGAAGAUGAUAAUAACAGAUUAGAUGCAGAAUUUCGAUUAGAACAUAAAAUUAACAUUAGAUUGGACAGAAAUAGAGCAACUGCUAGAACAAAUAUAACCCCUUUAGGUUCUUGUGAAGGAAUAUAAAAUUUAAGAGACUUCUUUUCUAAAGAAAUAAUAACAUAUAGAGAUAGUAACUGUUAGUGCUGUGAUGAGCCGAUUUAAAUUUGCUGCUAAAAUAACUUGAAAAUAACAAAAGAAGAAAAGGAUAUAAUUUCUAUGCAUGUAAAAAAUCAAAUAGAUUAACAUUCGUCUAUGGUAUUCGAAAACAACACAGUCUUGUAUUAAUUUAGUAAAAUCUCAAAAUCACUCAAAGAAUUUUUCUCUGAUGUCUGGGUUUUGCAGGAAGAUUAAACUCAAGAUUUGGGAGUCUUUAAAAUUAUCUAUUUUAUUGUUGGAAAGCAGUCUAGUAAGAAUUAUAUAGCAAUUCAAGAAAGACAGCAGAAAUUAAAGUCGAACAAAACUAUCAGAAACUGUUUGUAGUCCUAAAACCCAUUUGCACAGCAACUGCACAGAUAUAGUACAGCUAUAAGCUAAACUAGUCAGUGCUCUCCUUCGAUCAAGGGAGUUUCAACAUCAUAUUCUUCAAUUCAAUCAAACACACUGAACUAUAUAAAAACAGGAAAAAGCUCAGAUGAUCAGAAUCUCUUAUCAAGCGACACUGAAAGUGUUGAGAGCUCUUAAUCUCCAAUUAGAAAUUAAGCAAGUAAUCGACAGUCUCUUUACUAAGACGAAAACUGCAAUGCAAAUAAUCGCUUUUCUGGUGAAACUUACUUUGGUACAUCUUCUUCAUCCCAAGUUAAUUUCUCUGAGCUAAACACUCCCACUAAUCAGAAAAAAAAUUCUAAUAUAAUCACACCUCGCUAAGUCUAAGACAAAUAAAAAAAUUUAAAUCCUAAUGAUCCUUAUCAGACUUGUACUAUCAGAAAUUCACCUAUCAUAAAUGCAGAAGCAAACAAAAUCAAAGAAACAAACCAAAUACAAACUAUUUAUGAAAUAGGCGGUGAAGAAGAAAAUUCCUACAGGGACUAAAACCAAUUCAUGAGGAAGUAAAACUACCUAUUUGACUUCCCUUCUACCAUAGGUGUUAACAACGAUGGAGAUGAAAAAUAUCGAUAAACUGCCCCUGUCUAUGAUAUGAAUCAAAAUGCUUCUAUACAUAUUGCUAUGCAUAAAAGUUGCAUACCUGGCAAAGACAGCUCUGACUUAAACUAUUUUGAAAAUGAAGACUUUAGAAAGAGCAAACUGAAGUAACCGAGAAGCAAAAAAGAAGGCAGUAUAACCACAGAAUAAAAAAACGUUAAGCACAUCAUGCUAUCUGACGAUUCUCUUUAUUUCAUUACUACAACUGAGUGUGGUCUUGUUACUGUUUGGAAUAUCUCUACUCAAGAAAAAACCAUCUUUGAUGACCAUAAAAAAAGCUGUGAUCCCUCAAUAAAUUUUUUAAAAUCAAUGAAUGAUGGAGAUCGAUUCAUGACAGGAGGUAGUGAUAAAACUAUAAAAGUAUAUUCCCUCAAAUCUAUGAAACUUAUCCAUACUAUUAUAGUUGAAAGAAAAAUUGUUUAUUCUGCUGCUAUACUUCCAGAUCUCAAUAUGAUUGUCGUUGGAGGACUAAACAUCAGCAAACUAGCUAGCAUUGGAAAGUCAACAACUAAAAGAAGAAAUAUCAAAUUUUAUAACUUAUAGAAUUAUAAAUAUAUUAAAAAGUUUAAAAUACCCAGCUCAGAAAAUGUGAUAACUCACUUGGAAUACUGCCAAACUAAGUAAAGUUCAUGCUAUUAUCAAGAAGAUGACAGGAAAGCCAAGAGUAAUGUCACCAUAAAAUCUAACUACUAAUAUAGACAGUCAACGAGCGGAACAAAAACAGAAAGUUCUGAUAAUGAAGAAUCAGAUGAAAGGCAAUCAGUUUAAUCCAUGUAUUACAAAACAACCUCUUAACACAAAUUAAAUAAGUUCAAUAAUAAUGUCUUAGCUUGUGUUGUAUAGGGAUCAUAUGGAAGCAGAUUAAUAUUUAUUCAUUUUGGCAGAAAAGGUAAAAUGGAAAUAAUCCUGAACUGUGAAAUGCUAACAAUCGGCAUUUAUAAAGUUCACAGGUUUUUUUAUUCUCCGUCUAUGUAAAAACUUAUUUGUAUGCCAAAGCCAAACGAAAAGAAAGGUUAAACUAUUAACUACUUCUAUGAAAUAGAUAUCUCAUCAAGAACCAAAAUAGAAAGCUUAAAACACACUCCUUCUUUUGAGAAGCCAAUUAUAGAUUUAAAUUUGUGCUCAGAUCAAAACAUUGUAAUUGUUAUCCCUACUGAAAACUAUUUCUAUCUUUACGAUGUCAAAGAUCAAGCCAUUAUCGACAGAUCAAAUACACUUGAUUUUCCCCCAAAACAAGCAUAUGUAAGUCCCCUAAACUUUGCUGCAAUCCAGCUGGAGUCUGGAAACGGAAAAAUAAAUUUAUUUAAACUACCAAGCCAAGUAAAUAGUUGA